UAUCUGGAAAUACUUUGACAAUCAAUGUACGGUAGAAGUAUCGUAUGAUGGUCCUUCAUUUUUGAAUUAUUAUAUUAUUAAGUGAAUAAUUUCACAUAAUUUGUUUUCCCUGUGAAAAGGAAGUGUUGUGUAUACUCACUGUGUUGACUACCGGUUGCUACAAAAAAUAUUUUGCUAAGUUAUCUUGACCAACAUGGGUUGUGCUCUGGACACCUGCAGAGGGUCAGACAGUGAGGCAAAUACCUCUGAAGGGGAACGAGAAGAAAUUCUACCACCAGUUACUUCAUCGCUAUCAAUACCAUCAUCAGUACCACCAUCACUACCACCAUCAGUACCACCAUCACUACCACCAUCACAACCACAAUCACUACCACCAUCACUACCACAAUCAUUACCACCAUCAGUACAACCAUCAGUAUCGACAUCAGUAUUAUCAUCAGCACGAUCAUCAAUACAGGGACCAUCAAGAACGCUUAUUUCAACCGACGAGAUUGAAACCAUAUUGAAUAUGAUUCCACCAAAACUUCAGCUUCCUAUUGACGAUGAAUCUAUAGAUAAUCCCAAUGCCUCAACUUCGGGUAGAACGAAACGAUAUAUAUUUUCUUCUAGUAGAAAAAACUCUAAAUUUUUAGCAGAGGAAGACGCAUUUCUGGAAUUUCAAAAAAGAAGGGCUGCUAGAGGUCCUAGCACCUUCACAAUUAUAAAGCGCCACUUAUUUUACAAGAGUUUUCCACCCUCCAAAGACGGUAGAAAAACUUUAGACAAGCGAAUGAAACGGCAGGGAUAUGGCGUUUACGUAGGAUCAAAGGCAAUAUUUCGUGGAAACAUAAGAGAUAGUGGAAGCUCGUCAGGAAGUUGUGCUUCCAGAGGAGUUGAGAAAUCUUUGCCAGUCCUAACUAAGGGCAAGAGAGGACGAAAUUACUCUUACUCAUAGGAGACCUACCUGUGUUUGUGCAAGACUGCUAUAAUACUGGUUCUGUAACAUCGAAUAUUAUGUGUUUUGAAUAUUUUUCAGAAUGUUUUCAAAGAAUUCUAUCUGAUGUUCAUAGUUGCCAUUGUGUCUUCCUAGAAAAUAAUUCAAAAAUAUUGACCAUUCAGUUUCAACUCAAGAGGAAGAGAUGUUCGAUGUUCGAUCUGUUCUCAAUUUUUUCAUGAUACUUUGUGAUAACUUUCAUCGAUCAAAUUCUGUUUCACUAUCAUUUUCACAAACAUAACUUUUCACUACUCUGAUUUCGGUCGAACUCCAGAAAACAUAAUCAAAACAUAAUUGAUUACAGUUUUUUCUGGAAAACCAGAAAUUAUUGAGCAAGCUUCCUUAUGGUUUCCAUCAUUCUCUAAAAACAGUUAACCAGUUAUUUUCAACAAUCUAACAUGAAGAAAUUAUGGAAAAAAUGUGAACUGAAACUGCAGUUUAACUUUGUGAUGGAAACAUUUUAAAUUUUAUUCCAAAAUGGAGCCUACAUGAUAGUUUUGUUAGGUUCAUAUAUCCAAAUAUAAUAAACCCCAAUAUUCAUGUUUCGAUAGCACACAAUGUUUCAGUCUAUAUAUUUGAACUCCAUUAAUAUUUCGAAUUCAUAUUAAUAAUAGGUGGUGUCACACUAUGUAUCAAAUGGACGAGAAGGUUCAUAACUAGGAAGGAGCUUCCAGUUGGCUCAUAUUAUUUCUAUAGAAAAGCUUUCAUUGAUGUCACACAUUCAAACGUUCUUCAGCUUUUCUCAUUAUUAUGCCUACAUAUACAGUCAUCUAAUACAAAAUCGUCACAACUUUCGAAUGAAAAGUAGUUUACAUAUCGGUUUCAGUUUUACCUAUUUCAAGAAAUUCAGAAGUUUGAGAAGGAAAAAAUUAAUUUCUCACAAAAUGUCCUGACGUAAACGCAUUAUGAAUGUAAACUGACAACAAAUGAAAACUGUUUAGAGAUCACCAUACAUGGACUCUAAUGGUUUGUGAAUAUUGUGAUAAAGAUUUAUCGUUGAAAUCACUGUCAAACAAUUAUUACCUCUAAUUACAUUCAGAAAUUCAUCAGUAGAAGAAUCGAAACAUCAUAUAAUAUCAAUAUUGAUGACGUCAAGAAAUUCAUUUUCGAUAACAUUUACGACUAUUUUGAAUACAUUUUUCUGCUGUUGCAGAUCGAAUCAAAUGCUCUUUUUAUCCAGGACCAUAUCCUCAGUUGAACUUUUGAACCAAAAAAUGUGAUAUUACAGUUUUCUGGUAACAUUAUCAUAAUAUGACACCUUCUAUAGUAGUAAAAUUCUGCUAAUGUGACAAAAUACUGAACAUGCUUAAUUCUGUAACUGUGAAACGAAGAAAUUCAAUUUUGGUAAAAUGAAUAUGAGCACUGACAAGAGUUUUGGCAAAAUUCUAAGUGGUUUGGAUACAUAAAUAAUGAAUAAUAUGGUAAUUUGUUUUUCU